AUGAAAUCCAUCGUUGCUAUUUCAGCCAUAUUCUCUGUGGCCAAUGCUCAAGUCUCCUCGUUCUGUACGCAAUAUGGUUCCUAUGCAAGCGGCGCAUACUCGGUUAACAACAAUCUAUGGGGUGAAAGCGCCGGCUCCGGGUCGCAAUGCACAACUGUAAACUCCAUCUCGGGUUCCGGGGUCUCCUGGUCCACGACAUGGAAUUGGUCCGGAGGAUCUAGCUCGGUCAAGAGCUAUGCCAACUCAGGUCUUGCGUUCACCAAGAAGCUCGUCAGCCAGGUCGGCAGUAUCCCGACUUCUGUGCAAUGGAGCUACGACAACACCAACAUCAAUGCCGAUGUUUCAUAUGAUCUAUUCACGGCGGCUGAUAUCAACCAUGUUACUUAUAGUGGAGACUAUGAGCUCAUGAUUUGGCUCGCACGGUAUGGCAGCAUCCAACCCAUCGGCUCGCAAAUCGCCACUGCUACCAUCGACGGAAAGACCUGGGAGCUUUGGUACGGAUCAAAUGGCUCACAGAAAACCUACAGCUUCGUCGCGUCCUCGCCAAUUGCAUCGUUCUCCACGGAUGUAAUGCAUUUCUUCAACUAUUUGACUCAGAAUCAGGGCUUCCCUGCUAGCUCCCAAUAUCUGAUUGACUUGCAAUUCGGCACUGAGCCCUUCACCGGUGGACCUGCAACCUUGAGUGUCUCGAGCUGGUCGGCGAACGUUCAGUAG